AUGGAGGAAACAAGGGUGUUGCUUGUUUUCAUUGUCUUUGUAGGGUUUCUUGUGGGUUCUGAAGGAGUGGGUUCUAAAGGAGUGACCAGUAGUAGUGAGAAGGAAAAGAAAAAGGAGGUCUAUGAUGCCAAAAAUUAUGGGGGAUACGGUGGAUAUGGAGGGAAAGGAGGUUAUGGCGGAUACGAUGGAGACGGUGGAUAUGGAGGGAAAGGAGGUUAUGGCGGAUACGGUGGAUAUGGAGGGAAAGGAGGUUACGGCGGAUAUGAUGGAGACGGUGGAUAUGGAGGGAAAGGAGGUUGUGGCGGAUACGAUGGAGACGGUGGAUAUAGAGGGCCUAAAGGAGGUUAUGGAGGAGGCGAUGUUUACGGUGGAUAUGGAGGGCCUAAAGGAGGUUAUUGGGGGUAUGGAGGAUAUGGGGGUAAGGGAGGGUAUGGAGGGUAUGGGGGUAAGGGAGGGUAUGGAGGGUAUGAUCAUGGAAGAGGAGAUCGUUUUAAAGAUGAUCGAGAUGGAAAGGAAGACCGUUCUGAAGAUGAUCAAGGUGGGAAAAGAGACAGCCCUAAGUAUGAUUAUGGUAGGAAAGGAGGCAAUCCAAAAUAUGAUGAUGGCGGGAAAGGAUAUAAGCCUAAAGGCGAUGGUCGAGCUGGCGGUAGUGGCUAUCCAUAG